UUCUCAUUGGAAUCUAGCUGGACUUCUAGGUGAGGUUUACUGAGAAACGUUUGAGGCUUAUCGAGAAAAACAAAACACAUGUUUUUUAAAAAGCACACCGCAGUGUAAUACAAGCUAGACAAAGACCUUACUUAAUCAAACAUCGGUAUUCAAGCAGAUAACAAAGAAAUGUCUAAUGGGUCCACAGCAUCUCACAAGUUGGUUUUAUACCCAGAAUGUUCUUGACUGUAUAUUGAGGAUUGUUUUACCUUUCCCCAGCCCCCUAAAGCCUGACUUCCAUCCCACGGUGGAAGGAGCUUCCAGGGACAGACAACAUGGCAGCCAGCGGGAAGACCGGCAAGGCUGCACCAAACCAUGUGAUCUUCAAGAAGAUCUCCCGGGACAAAUCGAUGGUGUCGUGUUGGUGGAUCCUGCACUUGUGAAGGGAAAGAAAGUGUACGUCUCUCUGACCUGCGCCUUCCGAUACGGCCAGGAGGACAUCGACGUGAUCGGCCUGAGCUUCCGCAGGGACCUAUACUUCUCCCAGGUGCAAGUGUUCCCUCCUGUGGGGACCCCGGGAGCCCCCACAAAGCUGCAGGAGAGCCUGAUGAAGAAGCUGGGGGAGAACACAUACCCCUUCCUGCUCACGUUUCCGGACUACUUACCCUGCUCAGUGAUGCUGCAGCCGGCUCCGCAGGACACGGGGAAGUGCUGUGGGGUCGACUUUGAGGUCAAAGCAUUCGCCAGAGACAGCACAGAGGACGAGGAGGACAAAGUGCCCCGGAAGAGCUCCGUGCGUUUACUGAUCCGCAAAGUACAGCACGCGCCACUGAAGAUGGGCCCCCAGCCCCAAGCGGAGGCAUCCUGGCAGUUCUUCAUGUCUGACAAGCCCUUGCACCUCGCGGUCUCCCUGGGCAAAGAGAUCUAUUUCCAUGGGGAGCCCAUUACUGUGACCGUGACCGUGACCAACAACACAGACAAGACAGUGAAGAAGAUUAAAGCAUUAGUGGAACAAGUGGCCAACGUGGUUCUCUACUCGAGUGAUUAUUAUACCAAGCCUGUUGCCGAGGAGGAAACACAAGAGAAAGUGCUACCAAACAGCACUCUGACCACGACGCUGACACUGUUGCCCUUGCUGGCCAACAACCGCGAGAGGAGAGGGAUCGCGCUGGACGGGAAGAUCAAGCAUGAGGACACGAACCUUGCAUCCAGCACCAUAGUGAAGGAGGGCAUAGACCGGACCGUCCUGGGCAUCCUGGUGUCUUACCAUAUCAAGGUGAAGCUCACGGUGUCAGGCCUUCUUGGAGAGCUGACAUCCAGCGAAGUGGCCACUGAGGUGCCUUUCCGCCUCAUGCACCCCCAGCCCGAGGACCCAGUUAUGGCAAAGGAAAGUUUACAGGAUGAAAAUUUGGUUUUUGAGGAGUUCGCCCGCCAAAAUCUGAAAGACUCCGGGGAUGCUGAGGAAGGGAAGAAAGACCGGGAGGCGGCAGAUGAGUGAAGAGGUCGCCCUGGGCGCUGGGAAACAGGGUAGUUCGCGGCGGCGGCGGGCUGAGCUCCACGGCUAGCCCUUUAGUUAUGCUAAAUACCGAAGCGAGGGUCUACUUCGCAAAAAUAAAGUUUGU